AAAUACCGAACUCCACAACACACUUCACUCUCCCAUUCGUCAAAAUCCCUCACAUCUUUCUCUCACCGUCUCCAAUCUUCUUCUGAACUCCGGCGACCUCCUCAUGGCUCUCCGAGCGCUCGCGGCCAGAAAAUCCCUCACCGGAUUAGGUUUCCAGAACCUUCUCGGCGCGCGUGGACUGCAGACGUUCUCUCUCCCCGACCUCCCCUACGACUACGGCGCUCUCGAGCCGGCGAUUAGCGCCGAGAUCAUGCAAAUCCACCACCAGAAGCACCACCAGACUUACAUCACCAACUACAACAAGGCUCUCGAGCAGCUGGACGCCGCGAUUUCCAAGGGCGACGCCUCCGCCGUCGUGAAGCUGCAGAGCGCCAUCAAAUUCAACGGCGGAGGUCAUGUCAACCACUCAAUUUUCUGGAAUAACCUGGCUCCUGUUAAUCAAGGAGGUGGUGAGGCCCCUCAUGCUUCCCUGGGCUGGGCUAUUGACCAAAGCUUUGGUUCUUUUGAUGCGUUAAUCGCAAAGGUCAAUGCAGAAGGUGCUGGGUUGCAGGGAUCUGGAUGGGUGUGGCUGGCUCUAGACAAAGAACUGAAGAAGCUUGUGGUUGAAACUACGGCAAAUCAGGACCCAUUGGUUACCAAAGGAGCAAGUUUAGUGCCUUUGCUUGGCAUUGAUGUUUGGGAGCACGCAUACUACUUACAGUACAAGAAUGUGAGACCAGAUUAUCUAAAGAAUAUAUGGAAGGUCAUCAAUUGGAAGUAUGCCAGUAAAGUGUACGAGAAAGAAAGUGCUUGAGCUAAACAAGGGUCGUGUUGCAACUAGUUGAGCUGCUGAUGAAAUAAACGAUCCAUGUAACAAAUGAAGCCUUCUCACUGAUGUAUGAAUAUGAGACAGUACAAGAGCAUGCACACUUGUUUUUUCUAUUCGAUGCCCGUAAUCAAUGUCUUUCUGAUACUACAAAAACGAUUUGGAAGGAGUUAGUUAUGGCAUAUAGAGGCUUAUCCUGUUUUACUCGCUGGAAUAAAAUCUGUUUGAUGUAUUACUUGUUG